AUGUUGCUGUUUGUUGGAAUAAUACUGGUUAAUUGGAUUCAGGGCACCUGUAUCGAAUUAACACCAGUGCACUUUGACCUUUUGUCUUUACCGCAAACCGCGGCACGACAAACGCAAUCUUCAAUUGAAGACGUGAAAAAUAUCAGUGAUAGCAGUAUUCAGCUCAAUGAUACUGAUAAAAAAAUAAUAAUAUGGGAAUGUGGUAAUGAUCAUUUCACAAAGCUUGUCAGUGAAACUACGGUUCGACAAAAUUGCCCACAACUGAAAAAACCAAUUAAUCAAUGUUGUAUUAAUCAUGAUGAUUGCUAUAGUAAGCAAUUAGGAAGGAAAUAUUGUGAUGAUGUAUUUUGUGAAUGUCUUCAGGUUGCUACUAAGCCGAGUUUCAUUUGCAGUAACCAAGAAGGACAAUCAUUUUGUGCACUUGUUCGGCUUUUUGGUGAAUUACCUUAUAUUAGUGCUGCAAGAGAAGAAGCAAUCAAAAUUACCGAAAUUUCAUACAAAAACAUGACAUGGUGA